AAUCUGUGCCAAACUAACCUAACCUAACUUCCUGCCUCAACCUCAAAAUCUACAACUAAACUAAACUUUUCUUAUUAUAGUAGUCUCUAGGGCUCUCAAAGCCCUUCCUAGCUAAUUAGGUAAUCGGGGAUAAUUGAAAUCUAUGAUGCUGUCCUUCAUUUAUAAAACAAAACAGUUCAAACAAUUGUGUGAUGUAUCUUUAGGUAAGAAUGUAAAAGUGUUGUGUAGAAGUGUUGCAGGCGAAACUGCUGUUAACAAACCCAAAGAUGCUCUAAAAGAACAAAUCGUCGGAUACAGGCAUGUCUAUCCUGAGUUUCUCCCUGAUCCCAAGAUUGAAUUCAGGAACUCUCUCAGGGAGAAACUCGAGAGGGCUGACAUGGUCGCUAGACGAACCCAAAUUGACAUUCCUGAGUUUUAUGUUGGUUCAAUUUUGGCAGUAACGUCUUCAGACCCCCACACCCCCGGCAAAACCCACCGAUUCGUCGGAAUAUGCAUAAAACGCGAAGGAUGCGGCCUCCGAGCCACUUUUAUCUUAAGAAACAUCAUAGACCAUCAGGGAAUCGAAAUAAUGUACGAAAUGUACGACCCGACGUUACACAAAGUGGAAGUUCUCAAGUUGGAAAAGAGACUGGACGACGAACUGUUGUACCUUAGGGACGCCCUGCCCGAAUAUUGCACCUUCGAUGUCAAUAUGGACCCAGAGAUUUUACCGGAAGGUGCGGCCGUACCAAUAAACCAGACCAAAGUGAAACUGAAACCGAGGCCGUGGUUGGAAAGGUGGGAACGGAAGGACCUUAAAGGGGUUCAGGACCUGGGGCUACCCGAAAAGUUCUACAAGCGGGCGAAGGAGCUGGAAAAACCGUGGGAGAAGUACGAUUUAAUGAAGGAGUACAUGAGAACUAUCCCGGAAGAAGAGCAGCUACAGAUUUACAGUGAGGUGCAAUCGGAACUGCACAAGUUAGAGUCGCAACGUAAGAAGUUGAAGAGGAAACGGGUGUUCGUUAAACCGAGCAAAUUGGCUUGAUUAAUUUGAUUAAAUUAAAAUUGAUUUUAAUAAGUU